AUGGAAGGAUUGAGUAAAAUGUUGGACAAAGCCAAACAAAUACAGUGGAUUGAAGGAUUUACGGUGGGCAGCAGUGUAGCUAACUUAGUCAUAGUGUCACACUUGCUUUAUGCUGAUGACACAUUAAUUUUCUGUGGGGCAAACAAAAUGCAGGUGCAAUAUCUAAACCUGACACUUCUCCUUUUUCAGGCUAUCUCAGGGCUGCACAUAAAUAUGCUGAAGAGUAAGAUCUACCUUGUUAAUUUGGUAGAAAAUUUGGAAGAAUUGGCUGAUAUCAUGGGCUGUGACGUCGGAUCCUUUCCAACAACUUACUUAGGUCUUCCGCUGGGAGCUAGGUACAAAGUUGCUGAAGUUUGGAGUGGAGUUAUUGAGAAGGUGGAGAAAAGGCUGGCUACAUGGCAAAUGCAAAAUUUGUCUAUGAGUGGAAGACUGACACUAGUUAAUAGUGUUUUGGAUAGUCUCCCAACAUACAUUAUGUAA